GUCAAGGCUUGUGCGUGCGUACGUGCGCUCUGACGCGUGCGCAGGCGGUGGCCGGCGGGCCAUGCGCGCCCCACCCUACGCGCGCGCGCUCCCGGCCCGCUUUCCGGGUUCUUACAGCGCUGCGGGCGUCGGUUUGCGGCGGCGGCGGUGGCGAGAUGGCGACGGCGCUAGUCGUGGUUCUAGGGCUCGCGCUGCUGGGCGCCGAGAGCGGCUCCGGGGCGGGGAGCGGGAUCUCAACUUCCGUAGCUGUUGACGGCUCCAAAACACGCCUUACCUGCACCUUGAAUAGCAGCGAUGUUGUGAUCACAGGCCACCGCUGGGAGAAGGGGGACAGAGUGCUGAAGGAAGACAAGGAGUCCAGUCCGAGGACGGAGUAUGAGGUGGACACCGAUGAGCGCACGGGACAAUACUUCUGCAUCUUCCUCCCGGAGUCUGUAGGCAGGACCAGUGUGAACGUGAGAGGGCCCCCCAAGGUCAAGGCUGUGAAGAAGUCAGAGCACGCCACCGAGGGGGAGACGGUUGUGCUCGCCUGCAAGUCUGAGUCCUUCCCUCCGGUGACCGACUGGGUGUGGUACAAGAUGAGUGAAGCUGGGGACCAGGUCCUCACCAACAACUCCCAGAACAAGUUUGUGGUGUCCUCGGAGACCAAGACAGAGCUGCACAUGCAUAACCUACACCUGGAGACCGACCCCGGCCUGUAUGCCUGCAAUGGCACCAGCGAGGAGGGCACUGACCAGGCCAUCAUCACACUGCGUGUGCGGGACCGCCUUGCCGCCCUCUGGCCCUUCCUGGGCAUCGUGGCCGAGGUGCUCGUGCUGGUCACCAUCAUCUUCAUCUAUGAGAAGCGACGGAAGUCGGAUGAGGUCCUGGACGAUGAGGACACAGGCUCUGCUCCACUGAAGAGCAGCGGGCACCAUCUGAAUGACAAAGGCAAGAAUGUCCGCCAGAGGAAUGCCAACUGAGUGGCGAGGAGUCAGCACAGGCCCGAGUUGCUGUCCGGAGGAGCCCAGUGUUCCAGGUGUUCACACCAUUCCAAGUCUUCCCCUCUUAAAGGAACCUGCCCUUGCAAAGUAGACCACACUGUGGAUUCAAAUCACAUGUUCUAUUUUUUAAAACAGCUGCACUAGGGUUUUCUCUGUAGAAUUCCAUUCCUUAGGGUUGUUCCCCACCCCCCCUUUCUAAGAGCACUCCACGGGAGCCGUGAGGUUCUCCAGGAGGCCCCUUCUGCCCAUCCCCUCCCUAUGCCCCCAGCCCGUACCUUCCGUGUCCCCUCAGCAUUUAGCUUUCUGGCCUGUCAUGCUGGGGGGCUGUGGAGGGCAGACUGGCCUUUUCCUGAGACUCGCUGCGGCUCACCUCUUGAGGCUGCUGGGCCUUGGUUCUGCCGCUUCCCUGCUGUCUUCACAAGGUCACAGGUCACGAUGCCUGGCAUUCUUCCUGACUGAAGCCAGUACUGUGGCAUCACCACAGGUCUGUGUGACGUGGGACAGCCAUCCCUUGGGAUAUCUUCGUCACUGCUCCUGCGGUCCCUGUGCUGGGGGGUGGUCCCUGGUGGGCUGUGUGGAGCGGGAGUUUCUAUAACAGCCCUUUUCCUAUCUGUGCCCCUGGUGACUGAAGAAACCCUCUCCACAGUGCCCUGACUGACAUGGGAACCACCCCCCACCAAUAAAGGCUGACCCACCUC